AUGAGGUGCUUUGGGGAUUCAUGUCUCCUAUGGGUCUGGGGAUGCGCUCUUCUUCAAGUUGUCGUGUCUGCUUCUUUUGCUCCUCUCCUGCCUCCGGCUUAUCCACUUGCUGUUCGCAGUCCCUAUCUGUCUUCUUGGCUUCCCGGAUAUCAGGCAUCUAGCCUUCCCUCUAGUUCUCCUCAGUUUUGGUUCGGAAAUAACCUCACAUGGUCUGUCAUUGCUCGCGUAAAUGGUCAGACGUACAGCCUUUUCGGUGUCUCUGAGGAAACAGAAGGCAUCCAGGCUGCUACUGUCAGAGAUGGCAAUUUCACCUCGACGCACAGCACUUUUCUGCUGACAGCCGGGUCGAAAAAUUUCACUCUCGACUUCUUUUCGCCCGUCUCCCCAACAAAUUAUCUACGCCAGUCUCUGCCCUUUUCUUAUCUCACGAUAUCAGUUAGUGGGACAUCGAGCAACGACUCUGUCCAGAUCUACUCUGACAUUGAUUCGUCCUGGACCGGUCAACCGGAUAACGCCACUUGGGCUUUCUCAGAAGCCAACAAAACUUCAGUCUUUCAGCUGAGUCCCGUGGAAGAGGCCUUGUUCUCGCAAAACCCUCAAGAGCAAGCGCUUUGGGGUGAGACAGUUUACGCCACGCGGGCUCAAAAUGGAAGCGUCCUCUCUUCUGCCUCGGGGCCGUCGUCUGCGAUCCGUUCUCAAUUUGUGGCCAAUGGAUCGCUCGGCAAUUCUUACGCAAAUUGGACAUCUGACGGCGUUGUCGCAUUUGCGCAUGAAAUGGAAACGACUACAGAGAAUACUUCGAUCACGUUCGCCAUAGGCCAUGUGCGCGAGCAAACCAUUAACUACCUUGGUAAUACGCAAACUGGGUACUACCGAGCAAUCUACCCAAACACUACAUCCGCCGUCUCGUAUUUUCUUGACGACUACUCUGACGCGCUGAUCGAAUCAAUCAACAUGGACGAGUUCAUUCAAAAGGGCGGGGAAUCAUCAUACGGCACUAACUACUCCGAUAUACUGGCGUUAUCUCUCCGCCAAAUCUACGGUGGCAUGGAACUCACAAUCCCAAAUGACACACUAGACACCAACGACACCAUGGCCUUCAUCAAAGAGAUCUCCAGCGAUGGCAACAUCAACACCGUCGACGUCAUCUACGCAUCCUUCCCAGUCUUCUACGUCCUAAACUCCGACUACAUCCGCCUCCUCCUAAAACCCGUAUUCGAAUACAUGGACCAAACCAACUACACCUACGACUUUGCCGUACACGACAUCGGGAUGGACUACCCCAACGCCACCGGCCACAGCCCCAAAGGAGAGUUCAUGCCUGUCGAAGAAAGCGGAAACAUCCUCAUCAUGACCUACGCCUACGAAAGCGCAACCAACACAACCAACAUCUCAAGCACCUACUCCCCCCUUCUGCAGAAAUACGCUCAAUACCUAAGCAUCAACGGCAAAUAUCCCGACGCACAACUCUCCCUCAACGACGCCCUAGGAAAGGUCGCAAACCAAACCAACCUCGCCAUGAAAGCAGCUAGCGGCCUCGCCUGCUACGGCCACCUGACCUCGCAGCAGAACUACACCGACGCAGGCAAAUCCAUCACUGACGCCCUCUACAACGGCCGCCUCGGCACAGACCCUAAUGGAACCUACUUCACCACCCAGUACGACGACGACUCCUGGUUCCUCGCGUACAAUCACUACGCGGACGUCUUAUUCUCCUUUGACCUCUUCCCCGAAGAAGCCUACAACGCCACCACAGCCUUCUACCCCACAGUCCGCAAACCAGCUGGCAUAGCCCUCGACGCUAACCUCGACUGGGGCCAAACGAACUGGCAGGGUUUCGUGGCGGCAACGGUCACCGAUGAAGCAAGGGACAUGUUCAUCUCCGAUAUUCAUGCCUAUAUCGCUAAUGGUCUCAACGAUGUACCCUUCUCGGACCGGUACUGGGUACAAGAUAGUACGACUGGUGAGGCCGGUGAGUACUUUGCGUUUCGGGCGAGGCCAGCACUGGGAAGUCAUUUUGCGUUGAUGGCGCUGCAGGGGGCGGAUCAGUGGGUGGGUUGA